CCCCGAACCAUCUCCCCGAGGCUGCCUGCAGAGGAGUUCGGGCGGCAGCUCGUCCCCGUCUCCAUUUUCAGCCCCAAAUUCUUCCCCAAGACCGGAUGGGGGCGGCUGCUGCUGCGGCGGCUGGAGGAGGAAGAGCGCGAGAUCCUGCAGCGGCUUCAGGCCAACCUGGCUCGGCUCGGGGAGCAGCGCCGGGUCCUGGCCGCCCUCGUGGCCGAGCUGGAGGAGAAGUGCCUGCAGUCGGGUGCCGAGAUGCUCAAGCCCCUUUGCCGUCCAGGCGAGGUGACGCUGGAUCCGGACACGGCUCAUCCCAACCUGGUUUUAUCGGAAGAUCGGAAAAGCGUUCGUUUCGUGGAAGUUCGACCCCGGGAUUUACCCGACACCCCGCGACGUUUCACCAUCUACCCCUGCGUUUUGGCGGCGCAGGGUUUUACCUCCGGCCGUCAUUACUGGGAGGUGGAAGUCGGCGAUAAAACCCACUGGGCUCUCGGCGUUUGUAAGGAUUCGGUGAGUCGGAAAGGGGAAUUAACGCCGUUACCGGAGACGGGAUAUUGGCGGGUACGGCUCUGGAACGGCGAUAAGUACGCGGCCACCACCACCCCCUUCACCCCGCUGACGGUGCGAGUCAAACCCAAGCGGGUGGGGGUCUUCGUGGACUACGAAGCCGGGAAAGUGGCUUUCUAUAACGUUACCGAUCGCUCCCACAUUUACACCUUCACCGAUACUUUCACCGAAAAGAUUUGGCCGCUUUUUUACCCCGGGAUCCGUGCCGGCAGGAAAAACGCGGCGCCUCUCGUUAUCCGUUCGCCUACAGAUUGGGAGUGAGGGGGAGAGCGGCGCCGGCGGGGUUUGGCUCGAUGAUACCCAGCAGCGCCGGGAGCCGGUGCUCCGGCAUAGACGGGCUUUGGCUCUCCGAUACCCGGCACUGCUGGGGUUUGGCUCUCCAAUGUCUGGCACCGCUGGGAUCCGGUGCUCUGGCACCGCCGGGGUUUGGUGGUCCGAUACCUGGCACCGCUGGGAUCCGGCACGCUGGCACCACUGGGGUUUAACUCUCCAACGUCUGGCACCAUCCGGGAUCCGGUGCUCCGGCACCGCCGGGGUUUGGCUCUCUGACAUCUGGCACCAUCGGGAUCCGGUGCUCCGGCACCGCUGGGAUUUGGCUCUCCGACAUCUGGCACCAUCGGGAUCCGGUGCUCCGGCACCGCUGGGAUUUGGCUCUCCGACAUCUGGCACCAUCGGGAUCCGGUGCUCCGGCACCGCUGGGAUUUGGCUCUCCGACAUCUGGCACCAUCGGGAUCCGGUGCUCCGGCACCGCUGGGAUUUGGCUCUCCGACAUCU